AGAAGAAGGAGGAGGUGGUGGUGGUGGCAGUGGUAGUGGAAGAAGAAGAGGAGCACAGCAGAGAGGAAAGAGGGAAUCCACGACGGAGGGAACUCGCGAGGAGGAGGUUCUCUCUCUCUCGUCCGAGGCUAACGGAGGACGGCGCUUCUGCGUGCGAUCUCCGCGUAACGCACUUUUCUGCCGCGAAAGCGGGAGAGAGGGAGAGUAAGGGACACGGACAAAGAGAAAGACAGAGAGAGAGAGAGAGAGAGAGAGAGACGAAGAAGACAGCGAACGACUUUAUCAUGUACGUGGAAGUGGCGUCGCGACGGAUCGCGGCUCGUGCUGGUAGCAUCGUUGUCUUCGUCGGAGGCGAAUAAUGCAGCAACGGCGGGAGGGGCGAACGUAGAGAGGAAGGAAGGACGCGACGAACGGGUUAUAGCGUGUAUAACUCGGUCUCUCGUGCUGGACGGGAGCGGAGCGAGCAAACGUGCGACAGAGGACGAGGAGAGACGGGCAGUGAGAAGAGAGAGAGAGAGAGAGAGAGUGUGUGUGUGUGUGUGAGAGUGAGUGAGUGAGAGAGAGAGAGAGAGAGAAAGAGAAGCAAGAGGUGGAGGGUCUCUUAGCGCGCGCGGGUUAGAAACCCCGCUCAGCGCUCAGUGAGAUGGACCCGGGCACGUCUGUGGACUUGGCGCGUCGAUUCGCGAGCGAGCGCGAGGAACGUGGAGCCCGCGCGACAAUGAAGACGAAGAAGACCGCCGUGACAAGAUGUUGCCGUUGGGCCCGAAUGUCGUGGAAGUGGGAUCGCGAAGCGUGCCAGUUGUUGUUCUAGUGGAUCCCCGCGCUGCGUUACUUCGGUGUCCGCGACAUAAAUAAAGAAACGCUCGGUUGACAGUUUGAAAGAUAAUACGAUAUCGAAUCGUGUAACGCGUUAUAUGAAACUUGUUCGCUUGUUCGACAGCGGCUCGACCGAGAGCGAGAGAACAUACGUUUAGUCGAGCGGUGUCAGCGGUGUCGACGAUCGUUAAUCGUCCGUCCGUCCGUCCGUUCGUUCGUUCAUUCGUACAUACAUACGUUCGUUUGUUUAUUCAUUCGUUCAUUCAUUCAUUCAUUCAUUCAUUCAUUCAUUCAUUCAUUCAUUCGUCGCCCGUCGUUUUUGAUACUCUUCCUCAGCUCGCUUGUCUCUUGCUGCGUGCGGAUACUUUCGGUCACGACACGGUCACGAAGGCACGCACGAGGAAUAAUGGAGACACUAUUGCCGGGCAACACCACUACCAACAGCCAGUCGUACAGUCCGCAGUUGAAGACCGUGCUGAAGACCUAUCAGCUGUCGGCCGUCAAGAGCCUGCAGGGUCCCAACUCGGCCCUCUUGGGCAUGGACUGUAAGGGUCUGCUGCAAGAACAGUCCGCGACAUCGUGUUUCUCACCACCCCCCAGUCGUCCAACGGUGAACUGCGGCCUGGACUCGUCGCCGUCGGAGCAAGUGCCGAGCGCGAAGGACGUCGUCAUCGAGAAGGAGCGCGAGACUUCGCCGACGACGCCCGUUCCCAUCACGCGUCAGCCGCUGACCGACUCGGACGAGGACUUCCCUGUGAACCCGGUGGACCGUCCGAAGGGUGCGUGCGAGAAACGCGAACACGAGUUCCAACGGCCGAUACUCACCGCGCCCGAUCAGAGCUGCUCCGAGAGGAGCGAGACCCUGCUGGAGGGCGAGAGGAUAUCCUGCUUCGAGGUGGGCGGCGAGAGGAGGUUAUGUUUACCGCAGAUACUCAACACGGUGCUGCAGGACUUCUCGUUGCAACAGAUCAAUCAAGUGUGCGACGAGCUGCAGAUCUACUGCUCGCGAUGCACCAGGGACCAGUUGGAGGAGCUCAAGCACUCCGGGAUUCUGCCGCGUAACGCACCCUCCUGCGGCCUCAUCACGCAGACCGACGCGGAGAGGCUCGUUAGUGCUUUACUGUCACGGACAGAACCCUGCGAUCCGUCGCAGAUCGCCCAGACCCAGGAGAGCCUCGAUAAAAAGGUGUGCGCUAAGAGUGAGGACGACGAGGAACCUAUCGUUAAGUUCAAAGUGUACCACGAGUGUUUCGGCAAGUGUAAAGGCAUCUUCGACGCGGACCUGUUCGAGACGGACGAUUCGGUGUGCAUCGAGUGUCUGGAGUGCGGUUACUCGUUCUCGCCGCAGCGCUUCGUCAGACACGCUCACAGAUCUCUGGAGAACCGUACCUGCCACUGGGGUUUCGACUCGGCCAAUUGGCGCUCGUAUUUGUUACUCUCUCGCGAUCAACAGCACUACUACAAGUCGCUCAUCCUUUUUCGCGAGCUGAAGGAGGGCACGCUCGCGUUAAACCCCAAGCGAAAACUCAAGCUGCGACACGAGCACGAGAAGUUAGCGAAACGCACAAAGAAGGACAUAGGAAAGGACGAGUGUCCCGCUAUCUACAAUGGCAACGGACUGGGCAUGUAUCAUCCGGCGGUCUCUCAAAUGGCCAGUGCCGACCCGUACCUGCAGAUGCAUUGGGCGGUCCUCGAGUUCGCCACUCGGGGCACCGCGUCCGCCUUUCGGCCUUGGAGUGCUACGGGCAAUUGCAAACACAGGGACAAACCCGCGUCUCUCUUCCUUUACAGUUCAUCGUUGGUGCCUGCUUAUCUCAGCCGAGGUCCGCCCGUGCUGCAGCAUCCCGAGCGAGUCAUCCCGUUGUCGGAGUGCGAGCGCUUCGAGCCGCACUUCCAGCCUAAUGUGGCGCUGGCGCCCAUACCGACACCUACGAUGGCACAAAUAUCGCCGUCGGCUGCGUCCUCCGUUCAUCAGCAACGGCGGCAUCACCACGAGCAUCACCAACGUCGUCACGGUCAUCGCUCGUCGAGUCCGGACGAGAAGCAGGAGAUACUGUCCGCCAAUGUCAAGCUGGAGAAAACGUCGCCGAGUCAAGCGACCCCGGCCGUCGUUGGUUCUUACCCUCUGUACUACAUGUCGGAGGACGAUCAGAAGGAAGCACCGACAACGGUCAAGGAGAAGAAAGAGGAGAAAGAGGGCGAGGAAGAGGAGAGCAGCGCGGCGGUGACGUCGUCCACGGUGAACGUCGAGCCGGUGCCAGGCGCGGGCGAGGUCGGCACCUCGUCGCCCGAGAGCGACUCCGAUUCGGAUGCCAACGGCAACGCGGCGGUGGACCUCGAGGAGCGGCUGAUAGCGUUGGAGGUGCCGCAGGACGUGCUGGAGUUGGCGCGCCGGGUGGUGCUGGAGAACGCGCAGCUGCGCCGUCAUCGGCGCUCGGACGCGCGCGAGAUAUCGAAGCUGCGCGGCCAGUUGCACAUGCAGAAGCAGCUCCAGUCCGCCGACGAGGGCGAGCCGAAGGAGGACGCGACGACGGCGCGUGCCGGCGCCGCGGCCGACAGCACCGAGGGCAGUGAGGAGACCGACGCGAGUUUACCAUCGAACAAUAAGGAGUCCGAGCCGGCCGCGCUGGCGACUAACAACGAGUCGGAACAGUGAUUAGGAUACGCGCAAGUUAUUUAACGCUCAGCAAUUACCGCGACUCUCAUCAGCGACUAUCGCGACGCUCAUCUCUGUCGGCCGAAUAAACGUGUACUGAACUUGGUGCGUUAGGUACGUGCGGGAUGCGGCACUUAAAACGGCCGCGAUCACUCGACCACCUCGGGCUAACCGUUCGAAAUAGCGUUGACAAGUUACAACUGCGAAAGUUGCAAAGUUUCAAGUUACCUAUUCGCGAGUCAUGCUUCCAAAAUCGUGCGUUUAUUCUUUCUCUGUUGCUCUUUAUCUUCGCUCUUUCAGUCAGUGCUUUGAAAUGGAAAUUUGCGUGGAAAUUUCUUCUUUUUUUAUUCUUAAACAGAUAAUGGACGUCCGAAUGUCUGCAUAUCGCAUCUGUAAUCGCAUAUGUAAAGCUGCCAAAUUCCGAGUUGAACAGCGCAUUAUGCUCUAUUUAUCCUAAGUUUAAUGGUUAACAAAAUAUUAAUGAAAGAACUGCGUCGGAAUUAGAUACGAUAUCACCGAGUGACGUGUGCGGGACAAAGGUCUUUAUCUCUGGUCGUCAACACAAUUAUACUCUGAUUACUUCCAUCAUCUGGUCUCCGUAAAUUAGUAUCGAAAGCAUAGAUUAUGUUAUACGUGAGAUUAAAAAAAAGCAACGGCUAUAAAUAUAGAAUCAAUAAUAUUGUAGCGACGGUGAUUACCGGUUGCUACUGCAGUGAAAAAUGCGAUACGUGACAAACUGUUCGUCACACUGAACAAGGAGGAUAAAAGGAAUAUGUAGAAAUAGCUAAAUAAUGCACAACAUUUCCAAGCUAAAUUCUAACGUUAAAAACGGCGACGACAACUCUCGGCAAAUAAAAAACGAAACGAGGUAACGAAAGAAAAUAUGACCUCGUGGAAAUCGUAUCGGUUCCUUUUUACCCGACGAUUCCUCACGCGACGCGCAAUUUAGAAAUGAUUCGAGGUGGUCGUCUUAAGUGCCUCGGCCCGAGUAAACGACAUUACGAUUCUAAACGAAACGAAAAACUGUUUAGGUUUAUGUGAUACGCGACGAGCCUUUAUAAACGUUAUCGCAGUUAAUUCGGAGUUUUUACGAUAAGUAACCACGUGCUGUCCAACUCAAAAUAAGAAAACAUCGAGCUAGGUAGGGUCUUCGCAUGCGCGCGCGCGCGCGCGCGCACCUCGUGCUCCCAUCGCGAAAUUCAAGCCGACCGGCCGUUGUCAGCGUAGAUAACUUGCCUUCCACGCUCAAAGACGACGGUUUCUUUUGUCAACUACGCGUGGUACGUCCACUUCCUGUUUGCAUUUCGUCGUAGCGUUCCACAGCGGAUAAGGAGAAAGAGAGAAGACGCGCGAGGUCCGCCGGGUCGUUCCGCGAAUGAAUUUCUGCUUGUCGGAUGUCGGUCGGAUGCCGCGGGGACGAACGUCGUUGUUGUCCCGUCGAAAUCUCCCGGUCUCAUCGGUGACACUGGCGGAUUAGAAGAAGGGUGAUACUCCCGGUGGGAGACGUGGUAAACCGAUGUGCCACGAGUUGGAUAGCUACGUCAGAUAUGCCUGUAUCGGUCGAUUUCGUCGAUGAAAAUCGAGCGAUACUGCAGAUACUGUGUAUAUAUAUAUCUGAGAGUGAUACAUAGAUGAUAUAUUGUAUUAUAUCGAAACAGGGGAGUAAAUUUUAAGGAAUAUACCGCGCCAAUAACAAUUACAUUUAAUGGGUAUUAUAAUUAUAAAUGAUACAUUUCGCGUAUAUUAAAUAUACGCGAGAUGUAAGCAAGAUUUUUACAAUCAUAAUUUUGAUCCCCGAUAUGCUGAGAAAAGAAGUCGAGUGAAUGAAUGAGGGAAAAGAGUAUAGUUUUGUGUGUGUGCGCGUGUGCGUGUGCGUGAAAGUAUGUGCGUGUGUGCGCGAAUAAAUGAACGAAUGAGUUAGAUUGCUUUCCAUUCUCGUCUUGUAGUCAUGAUCGCAUAAUGUAAAUAUACUGUGGCAUCAUAGGGAGGGGCAGGGGGGUAUGUAUGUUUAUAUAAUUAAUUACACUAUCAUGACGAAAUAAUGCUGAAGUACAAAAAAUCUAGAUGCUAUAUUGUUAUAUUCUAGGUAAUGCUGUAAGAGCGUAUACCUAGGUGUGUUCCAGCAGCUCGUACUACAAUUGUAAUGCCCAGAACGUUAUACGCGUUCCGAACCGAAUUGCGCCGUUACGUUACGUAUCUUGUACAAUACGUAUAUUAACGGGAUCUGCUUUUUUGUUCGAUGAAAAAAGCUCGGUCUAAGCCUAACGACAUCAUCAAUGAGGAGCGAAAGAAAUCGCGUACACGACAAUUAUCUGGUGGUUACAUACAGUAGGACCAUAAUUCGAAUCGUCGUUGAUAAGAACAUGAGUUCGACUGUUCUCACAUUUCGGACUAUCAGCGCGAUGGUGUCGCGACCGCGGCAAAUUGUUUAUUUAUAACAAGAGAACGACGAUCCAGGUAACACAAAUCGUCAAUACUCCUGUAUAGUCAUGUUGUUUUUCUUCCUUUUUUUCCAAAAAAUAAAAUUAAAGCUUUUUCUAAAAGUAUGUAUGCUUUUUACGGCAUAGCGAAUAAAAGCGAAAUGGCACGUACGUGUGGACACGUACUGUAUAUAAUUCUUGUUGAGACUACAAUGUUUUUUGUUAUUAAUAUAUGUAAUACUUUUAACUAAAGAUUCGCAACUGGGCAACUCACAUCUUUAAUAUAUACAUAUAGAUAUAUAUUUAUAUUUAUUUUGUAUAGUAUUGUUGGUACACAUAUCAUUUUAGUUGUAUUUAAUAUAUAAAUGGUCCUACUGUGAAAGAAAGAAAGAGGAAGAAAGAGAGAGAGAGAGAGAGAGAGGGGGGAGGGGAAGAAAGAGAAAGAAAUAUAUAUGUGCAGAGAAUUAUACUGUCCGCGCUGAUAGCGCUUUCAUAUUUGUCAAUGUUCAGCUGAAGAGUACAUAGAAUUGAAGAGAGAGAGAGAGAGAGAGAGAGAGAGAGAAAGGAAGACGCUAUCAGCACCGCUUAUAAUCUCUGAAUAUGUCUCGAGUUUUAGCAGAGACCGAGUGUUAAAUUAUAUGUUGGAUAUAAUUAUUUUUUUUUAUUGCGGAUUUUUAUUUUUAUGCGAACUUGAGUCGAUUGUUGGGACUGACGAUACGGAAAAGCUUCAAGAAGAUUAUUUUUCCUGCAUGAGAAUACUCCAUAUGAAUUGUCUGUGUAUCAAUUUAUUAUAUAUUAUACUACACACGCCACAAUAAAGGGAAAUAGAUUUUUUUUAAUAUAUUCAUACGAAGUAUAGAUAAAUAAAUAAAUAUAUAUAUAUAUAUAUAUUGAAGCAUGAACAAACAGCAGAUAUUAUAUGCACGUGUAAAAGAGGAUGUAGAUACAGAAAAAAAUACAUAUAUACCAGACAUAUACGCAAGAAGUAACUUUUUAUUACGGACUCUAUUGUCAUUCAUUACAUACAUGUACGAUACGCAAAUCGAUAAUGCGCGAUGGAAAUGUCUAUAUCUUUCAUUCCCCUGUUUUAUUUUAUUUUUCUUUUUUCUUUCGCCGUUGCGCUGCGCUUUUGUUUCGCCGCUUGAAUAUUUUUUUACAUGAGAGAUACGUGACGGAGAAUUCCCAGUGACAGGAUGUAGUACAAUCUCCAAGUUGAGGCAUGCUAUACGUUGCGCGAGUGUAUUUGUAAGAAUGUAAUCUUGUUUUUAUACCGACUGACUGCAAAAAUCUUUCUUGAGGUACUUGUAUUAUAUUACGUAUGUGGCCAAGACGCGCAAGAUACGAAGAGACUGACGUCGGGAUUGUAUAAUAUACAACGCGCAUCUAUUCAUAUCCGCUUGUCAGGCAUAUAAUAGCCAUUAACAAUGUAAAUCGUAUACACUUGCAUUAUAUUUCCAUUGUGUAGCAAAACAUGAUUAUUAAAUGCACGAUAGUGUAUCGCGAAAAAAUAUACACGCAUAUAUACAUGUGUCGAGACUGCUUCGAAGAUCUCUUGUAUGUACGUUUGUCUUUUCCUACCUGUUCUCUUUUUGUUUCUUCUUUCUUUUAUGUUUUCCUCUUUUUUUUCUUUUUUUAGUGUAGCAACAGUGCCAGUAAUUUUCUUGCAUCGCGUCGUAAUGGGAAAAAAAAAACGAAAGAACGCGACGAGAAAUUUGACAUUUUCAAGCUCACAAGAGAGAGGGAAAGAGAGACUCGACGUAGCUCUCUCGAUUCUAACGAUGGUGUGUCCAUGAAGCGAAUGUUAAAUUUUCAAAGCAAUCUGUUAAUGUAAAGAGAAACCUGAUUAUGUAUGAAAUAAUCGACGAUAUAGAAUAUAGAAUAUACACAUUCAUUACAUACACAUAUAAAUAUAAAUAUAUAUUUAUAUUACAUAGGGCAUUAUAUAAUACAUAUAUAUACAUGACAUUAUAUUAGACAUAUAUAACGCCCUAUGUAACAUUCGGUCAAUAUACAUAAGAAACGCAUACGUUACAUCGUAAUGUUACAAUAAUCUAAGCAUCCCAUCUAAGAUAAAGAAUGUAAUAAUCUAUGUUUUUCAUACACAUGCGAAACACGUACACACACAUACAAACGCAGUUUACCGUAGAGUUAUCUAGGACGUAACAUAUAAAGAUACUUCGUAUAAUACUUAUAAUUACAUACAGCUCGAUUUCGAGGAUACACAUUUGAAGUCUGUAUAAUUAAACGAUUUCGACGAAUCAUUGUAACUGCCAUGACUUAAGAUAUAUCUUGAUUUCAUGGAUGAAAGAAAAAGAGAGAAAGAAAGGAAGAGAGAGAGAGAGAGAGAGAGAGAGAGAGAGAGUGUGUGUGUGUGUGUGUGCGCGUAUGUGUGCGUGUGUAUCUGUGAAUACGAGAGAGUGAGAGAUGUAUUUUAAUUUCGAAUGAAUAUAUAACGCAAAUAAAAUGGAGAGUACAUACGAUGCCUGAUUUAAUUACAAAAAAAAAGGACAGAAGUUAAAAUACGAGAAGGAAAUGUAUUAUUUUUUAAAUCGCGACAUGUGUAUGCGACAUUCGAGAUUGUGUCGCUCGUGCUUAUAAGUAUAAUUACGACACCGUGUCGAAGCAAGAUGCUGAUGCUCGCGCUUGUGAUAGCGCAGACGUCGGAAGUGACUUUUCAUCGUGCGUUUCGCGAAUAUUAUCUCUGUUGUUAUAUAUACAUAUGUUUAGUCUGACUUUCGAAACACGAAUUGUGUGUAUAAGUGCUAGUUGAUACGACCUACACACGUGCUGUGCAUGCGUGUGCGUACGCUCGUCUCUCACUCGAGUGUCGCGCGAUUCGACGACGACGACGCGCGGUGGUAGUUACGAAAUUCCUCGUCUCGACGCGCCCGGCCGAAAUUGCUCGCGUAUUUUCGUCAAUCUCCAGCGACGCGUGUCUUAUCAGCGAUGCUGUUAUCACCGGGUGUAACAUAUGAUGUCGGCGCACCGCGCGCGCGCGCGCGCGGCAGACGCGAGUGUUGUUCUAUUCUUAACUUUGUACGAAAACACACGAAAGUCGUAAAGACAACGAGAACGAGCAAUACUGCUCUCGUGAUACGGACAAUCCAUAACGCGCACGCAUACGCAUAUACACGCAUCCACUCACUCGCCCAUACACGCACAUACACACACACACACACACACACGCGUGCGCGCACGCGCGCGUGCACGCACACAAAGAUGAAAACAUACCGUACACACACGCCGCAGAAAAUAAACUAUUGAAUAGACGAUAAGGCGUAUAGAGCAAAUCGGCAUCGCUUCGUUCAUGCGAUAACGAAAUAAAUGGACGAGGCGGAGACGCCGAGCGUAUCUAGCAUAAAGGGGAGAGAACUUUGCUCCGCGAACAUGUCAUAUUUCCGGCAACCGUAGGGUGGAUUCCGCUAGCGGAGAAUAUAGUACCUGCGUAAUCGGCGAUAGUCUGUAACGUAACGAUCGAAAUUUCCGAACAUGCACUCUAUUAAUACUCGGCCGCUACAAAAGUAAUUCCACGCGUACACCGUUUCGUACACUACUAGCUACCCAGACCUCACAAAUGUCAUCUUCCCGCGCGUGUAUCCAAGAGACGUCAUUAAGGACUUCGUUUAAACGUUUAGAACUUCGUCGGAUGUCCUCGGCACAUCGUCCCAUCGAGCGCCCUAGAUUUGCGGAGACAUCGUUUAGACAUCUUUUAGACAUCUCUCUCAGUCGCGUCGAGAGCGGGUCGCUUUCGGACAUUUCUGGGCGCUCGAGAUUUUUGAGACUUAGGCAUCUUUUAGGCGCCCCGAAUUUUUCGGACGCCGUUUAGACACCUUUUAGACGCCCUGAUCUUUUAAGGCGUCGUUUAGAGGUCCCCAAUUUUUCGAGACGUUAUUUAGCUGUCUCCUAGGCGUACUUCAAAUCUUCAAGACGUCGUCGGGAACGUCUUUUGGAUUUUUGUGUCGUCUGGGUAUGAGGCGCUGUGUUGUCUAGAAUUGUUAUCGGUAAUUUCAUUUAUCGAACACUUUGUAGAGGGGGAGGGGAGAGGUCGUAGUAGUGGAAAUAACUUAACGAUGCGUCGGCAACUACGACGCGCCGUACGUGCUCGAGCGAAAAAGAGAGAAGAUUUAGACGGUAGUUUAUUUUCUUGACUUGCGCUCUCUUAUAUUUAUUUCGUCGUUGAAAAAACUAUAUAUCGCACGUGUAGAGCAGGAAAGAAGAAGACGGGUCUCUCUCGCGAACUGCGUAGGAUUAUUAUACUCUUUAAGAACUUCAGCGUGUCAUUGAGAUAUAUACACAACAAAGUGCAAUACGAAAGUACAAAGUCUGACCUCUUGUUCUCGCAUUUUAUAAAUUCUCACGGGAAGGGAGAGAAAAGAAGGGAGGAGAAAUCGCGCGACACGAUCGCUCUUCUUAAGUGUUCUACGCCCUCGUAGUCGUAAGAAUUGCGAAAAGAAUAAAAGAAGAAAAAAACGUUAAAUUAGCGACAAAACGAGCGCCGGUCCUCUCUUCGCGGCGUAUAACACAUACGUAUACACACAUACACACAUACACACACGCGCGCGCGCGUGCGCGCGAGAUCUCUUAUCCACCGAGAUCGUAUCUGCGUAGCGAUAAAUUUACCGAUAAUACGGUGGAAUUCCGUUUUAUAAGCGCGUGCCCGAGAUCUCGUAUUUGCGGACAUGCAGUUGCAUCGCAUUGCGAAGAGAAAAGUGACACACGCGUAGGGACGAUUUUGUACCGAAACAAUUUUGUAUACCUAUUCAACACACAUACACACACACACACACACAUAUAUAUCCACGUGCAUUGAACACGUACACACCGAUCCGACGAACCUUCGAUAGAAUCUCGCGACUUCCGCUACGUCUGAGGUAUACAGACGUAACGUAACGUAACGUAAUAAAAAAUAAUAUAUAUAUAAGAGAAACGUCAUUUCUACGGUCAUAUAUAUAUAUAUAUAUACAUACAUAUAUAUAUAUAUAUAUAUAUAUAUGUGCCGAAGACGUUAAUGGUACCUAAGUAGUAGUCGAUCCGCAAUCCACCGAUGACUUAUAUUCGGCACGAUUACGACACAAUUGUACAUACGCGAGUAUUUUGCAAAAAAAGGGAGGAGGAAAAAGGAGGAAAAAAACGGAACGAGUCACACCCGCAAUUGUUAAGCGUAAGCCAGGAGAGCUGUUACACAGACAGGAAACAAAUAUACCACCGUCAUUUAUAUUAAUUGAUACAAAUAAAAUCAAGUUUCGAGCAA